AAGUGAUUGCUUUUGUAGGACAAUUGUAUCUUUCAAAGAACCAAAUCGGCCUUCCAUGGAGUGGGGCCUGGAAUUGCUGCAGGAGCCCGAGAGGUGCUUUCUGGAGCUCCAGCACGCGCGGGCUGCCUACCGGCCAGGCUUAGGUAGCUUCCAGUGGGAGGUCUUGGCCACCACACGUUCGGAAAGAACAGAUGCCGAGCUGCGAGUCGGCUCUGAACCUUUGCUGGUGGCCACGGAGGUUCCACAGCGCUCGGAGGAGUUGCGGGUCUUGGGGCAGGUGACCACAGAUUCCUUGCCGCCAGAUAAUAUAGAUGUCGUCAUCUACCUGUCCUUUCGUGGAACAGUCAGCCAAGAGAACAUGAUCACCAACCUCAAGGCUGAGCUGGUUCCAUUGACUUUAGGCGCCAGUGCCCAAGGCCAAGUGCAUCGUGGCUUCCAGGACGCGUACCUUGCAUUGCGGCCUCGCCUGCUGACGAAGCUUGAUGAGGUCACCGCUGACCCUUCACUGCUGCCGGCCAGAGUGCUGGUGCGGGCGACAGGGCAUAGCCUGGGUGGUGUGCUGGCAAUGCUGGCGUGCUACGACCUCCGGUCUUGCCGUGGCGUGACCUGCGAGUGUGUGACGUGGGGUGCGCCGCGGCUGGGCGACGGAGGCUUCGCCGAGCUGUGGAAUGCUGCAGGAAUCAAGCUGGAGCGGUUGGUGAACAGGAGCGCAGCGCGUGGAUGACCUGCGCGUGCAGUGGCUGAUGGGGAAUCAGUAGUCAUUCUCAUGUGGAUAGAAUAUAUAAUUGGUCUUGGUGGGUGGCUAAUUGUAAUCGUUUUCAGACAAGGUUUACGUUUAGGAUCAUAUCUUCCAGGGAUGGUGCAGGAGGAUGGGGACAUUGUCAUACUCAGACUUAUGUGAGGUUGGCCAAGAAGGCAUCAGCUGUGUGACUCGAAGACCAUCUCCAUCCCUUGAGGUUUGAUGUGGUUCCGAGACUACCUUCAAACCAAGAAGAUGAGGCCGGUGAGCAGGGGCGAGUGGCCGCGCAGCUACAUCAAUGGCUGGGCCGAGUCCAAGCUGCCCGCAAUGCUCUGGGCUAUGUCCACUUCUGUGACUCCGUGGACCUGGACACCUCCGCGGCCGCGGCGGCCUUGCACUGGGCCAACGCUGCAAAGGUUGCGGCCUUGUCG